GCUCCCGCCGCCGGUGCGGGGCCCUGCGGGGCGCGGGGACCGCGGCGGGGCCGCAGCGGGGGCCGGGACCGGGACCGAGCAGCGGCAGGCGUUUCCGUGCGAUGGAGAACGAGGCACCGGUCGGGCCCCAGGGAGCGGAGAGGGGCGGCGGCAGCGCCGGUCCCCGCUGGGAUCCCCCCGAGGCCGGGCCCGUGGUCGUGACGGCAGCGACUAACGCGGCCUUCGAAGAGGACCCACCGCCCUACUCGCCCCCGGACCCCAAGAGCGUUCAUCUCCUGUACCCGCCGUUCCCGGCCGGCUUCGGGCAGCAAGUGCCGGUUCUCUGCCCGCCGGGCCCGCGGGCGGGGCCGAUCCCACCCCAGGGCCUCCCGCCCCACACCACUUAUGAGGGGCCACCGAGCACCACGGUGCCAUCGGCCACCAGCCACAGGCAGCCCCUGCCCAAGGACUACAUGGUGGAGUCGGUGCUGGUGACCGUCUUCUGCUGCCUCCUAUCCGGGCUUGUCGCCCUUGUCUACUCCUACGAGACCCGGGCUGCGCUCGGCCGUGGGGACGUGGCCCAGGCUUAUGCGGCGUCCAAAAAGGCCCAAUCUCUGGUCCUCUUCAGCCUCCUCUUCGGGUUGUUUGCCUCCGUCAGCUGGGUCAUCUACGUCCUGGUGGCCCUGUACCUAUGACAGGGACCCCGAGCCCCAGGGACAUGGCCCAGCCUGGGGGCACGGGUGGUGGAACGGCCGUAGCCCCUGCGCGGCAUCGCCGGGGCUGCCGUGGGGAAGGGGUAACCACAAAGUGUUAUUGUGGCCGAGGGGCAGCGUCCGUCCCUCCUGGAGGAGCUGCUCCGGAGCCGCACGUGCCUUUGCCUGCCCGCUCUUGGCACGGGCAGGAGGAACCCAGACCGGAGCGAUGCCAGUGCCGUGUCCUGCUGGAGCCGGCUUUGAGCAAGCAGCCAUGUGGGAACAGCAGCACCGGGUGUGGGAUGAGGCUCUGCUGCAGGAUGUUGGAUCCUGUCAUUGCGGAGCAUCUUGGAGGUGCCAAACAGGAUCCUGGUGCAGAGGGAGCAUCCGGUAGGAUUGGGGCUAGAGAUGGAGCCAACAGCCAAAGGAUGACGGAGAAGCCAAAGCGCGUGUGCGAGAACCCUCCCCGGUAAUGAGUAGCGUGAGAAGGCCCAAAAUCACUUUAUUUAGCUGCUGUGAUGAUUUUGCACACAAAUAAAUGCACACACACACACACACGCUGUAUCACCACCUUCCUGCUGCUUCCAGAUUGAAAUAAACCAAGGGUGUAGCAAA